ACUGAUUUUAAUAGAAGUGCUUCUUGUUACCACUUACAAUUAAUUUUUGUUACAAGCACUUUUUUUUUAGGUAUCUGAAACUCUGGUGUCUGUUGAAACAGGUGCCUGUGUGGUUUGGAGGUGCUAAAAGUAGUCAUGCUCAAGUCUAGAAGAAACCAAGAAGUGAGUAGGCGGCUUCCUGAAAGUCCUUUUGUGGUUGCACGUUUCACUUCAUGCACCAUCUUGGAACAAAAAAAGCAGCUUCAGUGAGGUCCAGAGGACUGUUGCAUUAGCGGGGUGUAUGAUGGGCACUGCUCCAGGAUCUAAACCAAGGUGCAUUUGGAUGUGACAACAGGGAUUUCACAACAGUGUGUGGAAGGAAAAAAAAUACCCUGAGUAGUUUCCAUCUCCUGCUCCACAAAGGCCCUGAAGUGCGUUCUCCUGGCAUGCUGUCCUGAGUGGUGUUGGAAUCAUAGAGUCAUUUCAGGAUCGAGUCUUACCAUAACCCAACUCCAGCACUACCCCAUGUCCCCGAGACCCUUGUCUGAAUGCCUUUUAAACCCCUCCAGGGAUGGUGACUCCACCACUGCCCUGGGCAGCCUCUUCCAAUGCCCGGCAGCUCUUUCCAAGAAGAUUUUUUUCCCAAUAUACAGUCUAAACCUCCCCUGGUGCGACUUGAGGCCGUUUCCUCUCGUUCUAUCACUUGUUACUUGGGAGAAGAAACCAACCCCCUCCAUUCUCCACCCUCCUUGCAGGCAGUUGCAGAGAGAGAAGGUCUCCCCUCAGCCUCCUCAAGGCGAAACAGGGACGACUGAAGGUGAAUAGCGCUUGAAGAAUUUCUCCCUCCGGAACGCUGAGUGUAUAUAUAUAUAUGUGUAUGUGUGUAUAUAUACGUACACACACCUAUAGGAGCUGCAGAGCACCUGACCCGGCCGCGCUGCUCGCGCCCUGCGCGGGGGCGGCACCAGGGGGCGCUCCCGCGGGGGGGCGGCGGGUCUGGUGGGUUUGGGGGCUCUGGCCGACCCGGCCGGGCCGCCUCAGCUGUGGCCUCGCCUUCGGCCCGCUCCUCCCUCCUCGCCGCGGCGUUUUCUCUCCUCCGCCGUGUUCCUCGGUUCCCUCUCCGCGCCCGGAGGCAGCGGCCGGCGCCGGGUGAGGGCGGCGUGUGGGGUCCGUCCCUCGGCGCGUUGUGUGGGCGCAGCGGCCGCGCUGCCACAGCUGGGGGGCGGUCAGUCCCUUCGUCCCUUCAUCGCUUAAUUGUCUCUUGGGAAAUAUUGCGUUUGGGACGUUUUCCCAGGAGCUCCCCCUGGAAGGUUCUGUGAGGGGUCGCGUGGCGGCGACGGGUUUGUCUGCAGGUCUCGUCACAGAGCCCAGAACGAGUAAAAUCUGUCGAGACACCGAAUGGUUGUGAGGAGCAGCCGCUGGGAGCGGUGGCGGGUUCUCUGCAGGUCUCGUUGUAGAGCCCAGAACGAAUAAUAUGUGUCGAGACACCGAAUGGCUGUGAGAAGGAGCGGCUGGGAGCGGUGGCCGCUCGGUCGCCCCGGGCGGGGGCGGCGCUGCCGCCAUCACCGGCCGCAGGUGCCUUGUUACCGCAGGUGGAGCCGCGGCCCGGGGCGCUGCCCUCCUGCUUUGUUAGGGCGAAAUCUGAGUUUCAUAACGAUAAAAUUAAUUUAAAAGAACUCGUGGGGCCUUCACAGAACAGACUUUACCCCUUCGUUAAAGCUCGGGUGACCUUGGCAACACUUACAUAGGCUUUUCAGGUGUCCACAGACACCCUCACUCUGUUGUGUGCUAUUUUUUAUUAAAUUCAUUUUGCAACCUCCAUCAAAACAGAUUAAUAUUUUUUCUUAGGCUUUCGUCUGUUGUCAUUCUCCUGUGUGUCAUUAAACUAGUGUGUUUGAAGUACAUGUGCCUCAUUUUCUUCAGUAUUCUAUCUGGGGCAGAACCGUGGUGGAAAUUUCUCUUUGAGAGGUUCUUUGUUUUGGGUGUGGUGUUUUGAUUUUUUAGAAAAACCUCAUUUGGGGGAAAGUAGGAAAGAAAAAUGAUUAAAAGAUGUUGUUUUUCAGUCUUGAAUGGCAUCCUGCACUUACCAACCCACUCAAAUGAGUGAAGUUAGUAAAGUAUCCAGGACAUAAUGUUAUGCUGUGUUGUAUCUUAAAAGAUUUGGCUUCAGCAUGCAUUUAAGAGUCUACUGCAAAUCAGACAUUUACUUCCUAACUUAAAAGUUUCAAUACAAAGGGCCCAAAAUCUGUGCUGCACUGAAAAAACUCUUUGAAGUAUGGUUGACAAAAAAGCCCUGGAGUUUUGUUUUUGAAUUUCUUUGUUCUUUGGUGUAUGCAAUUGUGAAGCUUCAAGCAAGCUCAGAUUUAUACAUUCUUGAGUGUGCUCAUACACCUACGGUAAGAUAUUUUUCUUCUUUUUUUUAUUUAUAUAGUUUUUUCCGUAAGAAACGGGAAGCCGCAAAGCUAAAACUUUAAGUUAAAAUGCAAAUUUGAUUAUUUUGGAAGGUGUGAUUUACAGCUGUAACUGAAAAAGCAGAGCGAGACAGUUUGAACAAAAUAGAAAAUUAGAUGCAGUUACCAGGUGACGUUGAAAUCUAUUUUCUUUCUCCAAGCCAAAGCCCAGAUCCUUGGUUCUCUGUUCAGUCAGUCCUUUCCAUAUAUAAAAUACCUCGGGAUCACAGCCUCAAUCCGAGUUUGAAUGUGAGCCUGACCCAUGAGUCUCUUAAUCUGUUGACAUGUAACCCAUUCUGAAAUUAAUGUCUUUACAUAGAAAUUCACCUUAUCUGUUAUUUUGCAUGGGUGUUCUAUGUCAAUAUUCAGUCUGUGGCUCACAGUGUUACUACUGGCUGUUGAUCCUCAGUUUGGUAUCAGAAGGGGACACACUGGGCUGCACUCUGGUUAUGCUGGUGCCUGACAGUGGGUCUGUCCAGAUCUUAGAGGCUGGAGUCACUGGUGACUUCUGAUGGAAACUUUUGAAUAGCUGCUGCUCUGUUCUUACAGACAUUGGAGUUUCUCUUAGCUCUGCUCAAGCAUGUUUGGUGCGCCUGUAUUUAUUUGGUCCUUUACAUUUAACAGGAUUUCUUGUGCUUAAAAAUAAAUGUAAAUAUAACUGCAUUAAUGUCUGGUGUUUACAAAUGAAAACUGUUGCUCCCUCUUCAAUCUUUUGAGAAAGUUUAUUUCCUAAUCCUUAAAGAGAAGUCUUCUUCUAUGACAUGCCCGCUAUUUUUGCAUGAAAAUGUUGUUACUCUAAAUAUGUGAUUGAAAUGCUAAUGUAGCUAAGUAUUUGUCUUAAAGCUAUAAAACAUGACUCUUAUUAAACCGUAUGGCACCUUAUAAAAAACUCAUUAGAAGGGUCUGAUUUUCUUAGUUUGACUCAGCAGCACUCUAAGGAAAGUCCUUUUAGAGACAAAAGGGUUUCUGAAAGAGCUUCUGGUGUUUGACUAGGGGAUGAAAUGACUAAUAAAACGGUUUUGUUCCAAGAAAGCAUUUAGAUUUGAGCACAUGCUUAAUUUUUGGAGUGUGCUUAUGCUUAAAAUUAAGCACCUAUUUAUGUACUCUGCUGACUCCAGAUGUAAGGUGCCAUACGUAAGAUUAACAUAAACUAAGCGGAAAACUUACUAUGAAGUGUCCAGUUCAUUGAAAAAGGAACGUAUGUUGGCCUCUCCAGUGGAUUACAAAUGUUGUCCUUAGUCUGAGGGGCGGGCCACAGAUGCUCAGCACACAAACACUGCUUGUCACUUGUUGCUGUUGGGCUGUGUGGUUCUUAGGAGAGUCAUGUUAAGGCAGAAAUUAGCUCUACUUCCAAUUCUGAUAUUCCCACUGAAUUCAGUAUAAGUUUUCUGCUUUUAAGUUAUUUUGCAUUAGCUAUGUGAAAUUUGUUGAAAAAUCUUACUAUAUAAACAGGUAAAAGUCAGACUACUGUGGAGAACAGGCAAUAGGAGCAAUUCAAGAAAAGAAUUGUUGCAAUAUAGCAAUCUUCUGGUAAAUUCAUUGUGUUUUUAUGUUCAUGCCCAGCUAGUGACUUACCUGCAUCCAUCCAUAUUGCUCAUAGUAGACCAAGAGCUGAAUGACUGCAGAAUAACGUGUGAAGCAUGUACUGUGCCCAGAUGAGCUGGAAUCUUAAAAUAAAGAAUUAGAACAAAGACAAGAUGGAGUAACUCAGCAGAGUAAAAAUGGCAAAGAUCUCCACAUUGAAAUCUCUGAAGCAGUGUCAAAAUUAGAAUAUUCUGAAGAACUGCAGUGGUGGAGAAUGAAGGCGCUCUCAGUUACCGCUUUGAGUUGAUCAUAGGAAAUCCAAGCUGCUGUAUGAACUCUCUACAUUUGUGUUGGUUUGGGGGUUUUUUUGGUGGUUUGGGGUGGCUGUGUGUGGUGGUGUUUGUGUUUGUUGUUGUUGUUGAUUGGUGGUUGUUUUUUUUUUAAAUUCAGUUUCAGACCUGAGCUGUCCCUGAGUUUGGCAUUUGGUAGAUCUGGGAUUUAGAUAAAGGGGCCCAUCUUUCAUCAUAGAAAAUUUCAUUAACUCUUUAGACUUGUCUUGCUCUCAUCUUUGGUCACUGAUCUAUGUUAAGCACAUGGGAGAAGUUGCUGUCCCUUUGACUAAAAUUUGUAGGCAUUUUAUACUCAGCAAAUGUUACCUGAUGGAGAAAGUAAGUUUGGGGAGAGGCUGUGACAACAUGAGCUUAGUCGGGGAGAGUAGUGCUGGUGACUGGGAUUGUUACCUGUGAUUUCUACUUGUGAAUCUGGUUUGAAGCAAACAGUAGCUCAGGGUAAGCCAGAGAGGCUUACAGCAGAUGGAGGCGUGGCAGCAGGACACAAUAAAUCUUUGCCUGUCCACAGUAGCUUCCUUCAGAAGGCCUUGGCAUUUGGGUUUUGACAGUGCCUCUGUGGUGUAAGUGAUCACUGAUCCUGUAACGUGUGAGGAGUGAAGAUGGUCACAGGCUGCCAGGGCAGGUGUGGGAUGAGAAACCCCCUUCUAGAAGAAUGAGGCAGGAGAACACGAUGUAGGUGGUGAAUCUCGCUCGAGCAGGAGUGGAAGGUCUUUAUCAGUGAACCCUGGGAAACCUGUGUCUGACACAUUCUGAAAACCUCGUUGCUACCAGAAAGACUGUAGUGUAGUGGGUUUGUGUAUUAUUGACGCACCGUUUUAUCUAUCUUAGGUUUGGGACUUUGGUUGAAGGGAUGAGCUGCCUCCUAUGAGCUUGCUUCUGUCGCAAAGCUUUUGCUUUCAUCCUGUGUGCUUUUUGUUUGAUUAAUCCUCAGGAAGAGAUUGCUAGGUUAUUUUUUAAUGUAUGUAUUUAUUUUAAAUUUAUUGCAUGGCAUUGUCCUGAGCAUUUGCUAAGUUGUGAUGCCUUAUGCUUAUUUCCUUCUACUUGCAGUUUUGUGGAAUUUCUAACAGGUUAACUUUGCUCCCUUUUUUUUUUUUGCAACGAGGCUGAAGUGCUGUUGGAGGUUGGAUAAAGGUUUGUGUGUGUCUCUCCCCCCCUUACUACACACGCACACCCUCCCCUCUGCAGGCUGCCCUGCCAGAGCCCCUCCUCUGCUGCAAGAGGGGAGUUGAAUAGUGAGCUCCUGCUUUGUGAAGGAAAUUUUCUUCCACUGCCUUGCUCAGAGGUGUCUUUGAGAGGAGAACUGAUGUGGUUUUGUUAACUUCUGUGCUGAGGAGGUGAUUUUGAUGGCCAUGGGGCUGCACGCCAUCAUUUUACUCUGUGCUGUUGUGGCAGGAGCUUCAGGGAGAUCCUCUGAGAGUUUGAGUUAUGGAGCUUCCUGUUCUGCAGAGUGUGCAGGACACAGUGCAUCGUACUUCCCCAAAAGAGCUAGAUACAGCUACAGGUAUUCAGCAGUCACCAACACUUUCCUGCAGGGAGGUAUUUACAAAAGCAGUGGCAUCUCUCUGGAGUGCAUGGUGAUCAUUGAGGUGUUGGGGAAUUGCCACAUGGUUUUGAAAGUGCAUGAUGUACAGAUUAAGAAAAGUCUUGCAUCCGAUGAGGAGCCUCUGAAGGAAAUGGAGAGUCUAAGGGAAAUACUAGAACAGCAUCCUCUUCAUUUCUCUUUCCACGAUGGGAAAAUUCUGAAGCUCUGUCCUGUGAGGAGUGAACAGACGUGGGCACUGAACAUAAAGCGAGGCAUUCUCAGUGUCCUGCAGAUGUCACAAGCAUCCCCUCCUAGUGCGGUUGUUGAAGAGGUGGAUGUUCUGGGAAUAUGCCCAACCAGGUAUCAGCAAAAAGGUCCUAUUCUUGUCAAGACAAGGGACUUAAACCUCUGCUCUCAUCGGUAUUCUGGUUUUACCUCUGUGCAGUCUGUUGUUCUUCCUCAUGUGUCGUCUGAGCAGCAGAUCCUGUCCUCCAAACUGGAAUGUGUUCAGAGCGUUUCAGAUGGAGUCCUGGCAGAGGCCAAAUGCAUGGAGUCCAGCCUCGUUACUCUGCUCUCUCAGAAGGGCAGCGGGCCAAAGACGCAGACACAGUCUUCGCUGAAACUCCUUCAAGUGGAAACAGAGAUGCUGUACGAAAAAGUGGGCUCUGAGGAUCUGUAUGUGACCAGCAUGCUCUACGAAAGGGAAGAAGCUGAGAGGGAGGUCACUGGAGGGGAGGUGUCUGACCUGGUGUGGAAGCUCUGCCUGGCACACAGUGCGAGUUUUGAGACUGCAGACCUUUUCAUGACUCUUGUGUUUGAGCUUCGACAUCUUUCUCUUGAAGCCUUAAAAGCAUUAUGGCAAAGAUCUUCAUUUAAAUGCAGAGACAACUGGGAGCCACUAAUAGAUGCUCUCCCAUCUUGUGCUACAGAGGCAUGUGUUGUCCUAAUGAAAGAAAUUAUAGCUUCUGGACAAGUCGAGGAAGACAAAGUGGAAUAUUUCUUCUGGUCAUUUUCAUUCAUUCCUAAACCCACCUUGGCCAUGAUUGAAUCUCUUGCUACUUUGUUGAAGUCACCGGGAACAAGCCAGAGCUGCUUCUUAGGUGUAACCGCUCUCUUACAUAGGUUUUGUUCAGCUCACGACUCCUGUGAUGGUUUCCCUGCUGUGCAGAGUGUAAUGAGGACUCUUGGGACAUUUCUGGGAGGAAACUGUAGUGUGCAAGAUUCAGAACAACUCCGCGAGAUGCAACUGGUGUUAAAAGCCAUUGGAAAUGCGGGACUGGCAGCAGCUUCGCUAACUCCUGUUCUGAGCUUGUGUGCUUCCCUGCAAAAUAAUCCGAUUGAAAUCCGUCUAGCUGCUAUCCAGGCCUUCAGGCGCAUUCCCUGUUCUGUCAGGAAUGCUAUAUUAGUUCAGCUGUAUCAAACAACCAGCGAAGAUGUGGAAAUAAGGAUUGCUGCUUAUUACAUAGCAAUGAAAUGUCCACAUGAAGAAUUAUUUAAACAAGUACAAAAGACUUUGCUGAAAGAAACUUCCAGUCAAGUGGGCUCCUUUGUCUGGAGUCAUCUCUCUCAGCUCCUGGAGACGGAUGAUCCACUGAAGGAGCACCUUCGAGAUUCUAUUCCUGAUGAAAUCCUUAGCAGAGAUUUUGACCGGGAAACGUGGAAAUACUCCUCAUAUUCUGAUGUCACAUUCCGCUCUGCUGGUGCAGGUGCAAAUGUGGAAGCCUCAGUGGUCUUUUCUCCUGCGUCUUUUCUGCCACGAUCAGUCAUGACAAAUUUGACUGUCCACCUUAUGGGGCAGGCUAUAAACCUUCUAGAGGUUGGUAUACGAUUUGAGAACGCGGAAGCCCUUGUGCAGAAGAUUUUUGGGCAGAAGUCUGCUACUUCCAGUGACAAUUUUUUUCCAAACACUAAUGAAAGAAACCACAAGUCAGAAAACCCUAUGGAAACAACAGGAAAAGUCAAGCAGAAGAAGCUGACGUGGAAGCGAUACAGCCCCGCUGAUCAGCUUGUGACCACAUCUGGCAAAUCGAAGUUGAGAAAAGCUAACCAGAGCUGUCCUGGUAGAAAGUACAGUAAGAUGAGUGAGCUAGUCAAAAAGUUCUCUGAGAGGACGGUGAGAAAGGAGGUGCUGAAAUGUGAGCUAAGCGUGAAAAUCUUUGGAAAUGAACUUAGCUUCUUGGAUUGUGAAGAUUUAAGAAAACAAAUGAAACAUUAUUCUUUAAAUCUGGCUGAGUUGGCUGUCAGACUUCUGAAGGGGCAAGAGGUCCAGUUUAAUAAAAGGCUGAGUUUGGCCACUGAAGAACUGCAGUUUCCAGCAAUUUCAGGCUUUCCUGUUCAGCUGGCAGUCAAUGCCUCAGCAGCUGUCAACAUAAAAAUCAAAGGGAAUGCGGAUUUCAAACAACAGUCAGAUUUUUUUCUAAAUGGAUAUAUCAAGCCAAGUGCAUUUGUCCAGCUUUCUGUCCAAAUGGGAACUGUGGGGACUCUGGGACAUGCUGGCCUAAGGUGGUUAACAGGAAUGAGGACAUCUACUAGUCUCGAUGGAGGAAUCCAGGUAAAAAAAGGGAAAGAGCUCAAAGUCUUCUUGAACACUCCAGAAGAAUCUAUGGAGAUAAUAAAUUUCAGCUCUAAACUCUACUUCACAACAGUGGAUGAGACAGAAGAUGUUUUCCAAAACCACGCAGAAACCAGAUCUUGUACUAGGGAGGAAGUGUCUCAGGUUGUUGGCUGGCAGCUGUGUUCUGAAAUGUCAUAUCCCGACCCAGCCAGCGGUUUGGUUUUCCCACUUACUGGACCUUUGAGAGUGGCUGUCACAUUAACUAAGCAAGACAGAGGCCUGCAGCAGUAUGUUCUGGAAGCUGCAUAUCACUAUAUUCCUCAGGAGGAUUCAUGGAUCCCAAAUGAAGCUGUCUUUCACUUCUUCAUUGGGACUCCGAAGUCAGACUUGAAAAGGGAUCUUGGUGUUGACCUAAAUUUUAGUGUCCCGCAGAAGAAAUUCAGAAUCCAAUUUAUACAACCUAAGAAAAAAGUCGAGAUUGAUGGGAGAAUUGAGUUUUCCAAAAAUUCACAAAUUGGACACCUGGAGCUGAUAGUAGAUGACCGAGAUGUGUAUUACAUUAAGGGAAUGACAGAUUUGCAGAUGCUGAGUGGAGAGCAGAGAUACAUGACCCAACUGGAGGUAAAGCUGAUAAAGCAGAGCAGUCCUGUCAUUCUGUCAGGAAACAUCACUAAACAGCUUGGCAAGAAGAUAGCUUUUUCAGUAUCCCUGAGUAAUUUAUUGAAGGAUGCUGCAUUUCUUUCAGCACUUCUGGAGAAAAAGGUUGAUGAUAAACUGAGGCAAUACUCAUUGGAGGGGGAGACUUACCUGCCAGGUGUGCUUGGAGUUCAUGUCCUUGGCCUUCUCCAGCAGCGUGAGGGCUUGUGGUCUCAUGGUUUGAGGAUAAAAUAUGGACUCCUAGGAGAGGCAAAAAAUCUUCAUCAUGAAUGCAGUACACAGCAGAAGAUUAAAGUGGAGACAGGUGCACACAGCAUGUACAAACUUGAUAUUGGGCAUGAAUUCCACUGUAUGCAGACUCCCACCUAUAAUCACAAGGUUCACCUGAAACAUGAAGCGAGUGCGUCUUGGCUUUCCUCCCAGGUGGAGGUGAGCUAUGGGAAACACUGGGAUGAAGUCAACAACAAGAAGAAAUUGGUCAUCAGCCAAGCAUUCAAGAACAGUUCCAGUUCAUCUCUAGUUAGCUAUUUCAUGGAGUUUACCAUGCAAGUCCUGGAAAAACAGGUGAAUUAUAGAACCCAGCUGCAGCACUUGCACAGCUCUCAGGUUUAUUUGCAGAGCAGCACCAGCUUUGAGGUGCAGUAUAAUGACCAUGUGCCAUUUGUGGCUGGACUGCAGUGGAGAGACGCAUCCAGAAGCGGCCUGAAGAAGUGGGAAGGUGGAUUGAAUAUAGACACCCCAUGGCUAUAUGUGUAUGCAGCUCACAAACUGCAUCAGCCUCAGCAUUCUGCUUAUUUAUCAACUGUGGAGCUGACAACUGGAAAAGCUCUUUCCAUUAAGAAUCUCAUAGUGGAACUAUUUUAUAGAGAUCAAGACAAUGAAAAGGAAGGGAAAGUUCACAUUUACACACCAGCUACAACAUACCUGCAGGCAUCCACGUUUAAUCAUCUUGGGAGGAAUGUUCUGCAUAGCUAUAGUGAACUGAAAUCUCUGUGGAAUCAGCUUGUGAAGAGUGAGAUUCAUUUUGAGAAUAAUGAAGGAUCCAAAUUUCUGUGCUUUAAGAUAAAGAGUACAAAACAGGAAUUUAACGUCACAGCCAGCUAUCAGAAUCUGGCAAUGCCUAAGAAGACAAACUUUUCUGUGAAGGCUGUAUGGAGAGAUUAUAAAAGCCUGCCUAUCGUGCUGCAGUUUGAAGGUCAGAUAGAAGAGCUGAAGAAGGAGCAGAUGCUCUAUCAAAAACGUGGAACCCUCCAUUUCAGGCAUCCUUUUAAAGUGCCCAUUCUGCAGAGCUUCCUUCUGCAGGAGACCUUUACCAUUGAUAAAAAGCUAAAGCUGUAUUUAUUGGAAACUAAAGUUUUGAUAAAUGGAGUGGAGGAAACAGUUCAAACUCUUACCCUUGGUUACCAACCUGAAAACCCCUAUAUUUGUGCUGGCUUAACUCAUCCUUAUAACUACAGGUUGUUCCCUAAAGAUCUUGAAAUAUGCUUUUUAACUCCAAGUCACCAAAAUGUGACGCAUGAACUUGAGAUUACCAUGAAGGUUGAUAAGGAAGAUGUUCUCAGAUGUCUAGGGAGACAUCAGGACAAAUCCAGUGAGGCAGAUUUAAGAUACCUUUUAUACAUCAAUGUGACACAUUCAUUCCAGCUGGAGUUUCCACAAGCAAUGGACCUAAGUGGGGAGCUGUUUUCCAGGCAUACUAAAGUGGAGCACUUCGACUACGGUGUGAGCAUAAAAGCCGUCAUCAACAAGAACACGUCUUCACAGGCCCAGGCAGUGCUGAAGAGUUACGGUGAGAGCAACCUCAAUGGUUCUCUGUACCUUCAUUCCAACGGAAGGGAUGUGCUGAUGCUGGAGGUAGAAAUGAACAAUGAAAACAGGAAGAAUGCCAGAGCUGUCGAGUUGAGGGCUUUCCUCCAUCAGACAAUCCUGACAGAUCCAGAAUUGAUACAGUUCCAGCUCGUGGGCAAAAUAUUUCCAUCAAGACUUUUAAUGUCAUCCGAGAUGAAGCUUAAUGAAAAUAGGCUUCACAUGGAUUUCAUGGGAACCAGGGAGCAGAAAGUUGGUCUUGUUUUGUCCCUAAAUGGAAGAGUCCAACACACAUUUGCUGGAUUAAAGGCCAUACCUCAUCUCCUUUCUCUGAAUGGAUUACUGAAGUGCAAAACCAACAUUCAUGAUGGUAACAUCAAUGUGAUGGUCAACAAAACACUAUAUGGACUUCAUCUGAGGAACAGAAACGUGUUUGGGAACACCACCGUACACAAUGUCACUUUUGCUGUAUUUCAGAAUGGCACUCAGGCAAUCCCAAUGGAGGCAAAACUGAAAGGACACCUGGAGCUGAGUAAAGAGAUGAAAAGGGGGCUAGCUAGCUUCCAGAUGGAUGACAAAGCCCUUUCUAUAGAUUUUUCCAAUAUCAUGAGUCGUGGACGCAGCGGAAUCAGUGGGACUUUAACACAUAAUAUCAGCUUUUUAACAAAUGCAGGUUUGCCCUCGGACAGCAUUCUUACUGCCAUGUGUGACCAGGGCCCAAGAAACGGCACAGUUACUGUAGCCCUCCGGAGCGGCAGUGAAAGGAUUGCCGCUGUGUUGGAAGCUCACAGACUGUCCACAGAACCUCCUAAAUCCCAGCUAUCUGUGAGUUUAAAGCACAACAUCUCAAAGAUAAAGAAACAUGGCAUCCCUUUUAUUUUAGAAGCUGCUGGGUAUUAUGAGAAUUUCACCAAAAAGAUUGCUGCAGGGAUAACAACCACAGUGGAGAUGGAACAGCUCAGAAUUGAAAUAGAGAAGAAAACCACUGGCAGUGCUAUGGAAAUUUCUCUUUCACUUCACCAUGAUGUGGGAGGACUGAUGGACAUUGUUCCACGUGUGCUAGAGGUUGCUUGCAGUGGAGAAUCUGCUAACGUACAACUUUCUGGCCUUUGCAAUGGAGCAAUUACAUUUCAUCAUUUUGAGACUCCAGCAAGAGUUUCACUGAAUGGGUCGAUGUUUACUGGCAACUUUACUGUCACCUUCUUUGGACAUGUUUCUUUUCAUGCCAUGUUUGCCUGCCUGCAGCUCCAUGCCACCGCUAACAUCCAGCCUCAUUUAGAACUUGAUUUCCAGCAUUCCUGGCCUUGGCUUCAGACUCUGGGAAUUGCCAGAGAGAACCAGGUGAAGGUGUCAGCCGUGACAAGUGACAAGUAUAAGGGCGUGCUGGAUAUUGUCUUUGGGCCUUGCAGUUUGAAAGCUGAUGGAGAAGUGAGCCUGGCAUGGAAUGAAACAGCUACAGAAUGGGUACUUACUGUUAGGAACAAGUGCGUCAGUCUAGAGAGGAUGGGAUUGCCUCAAUAUGCAGCCUUUGAGGGCUCAUUUCAGCAGAACAUCUGCAAUGUUGGCUUGUUGAUGAACCUCCAGUGUGAUGGCAGCACAGUUGAUGUGCAGAUAGAGGCUGCCUGCGAACACGAGUAUACACUCCAAGGGACACUCAGGCACUCGGUUCCCUGGCUGAGUCAGCUUGGGCUGCCUUUGGAAAACUCUGUCCUGUUCUCUGCAGCCACAGACUCCACCACUCAGAGUGUCUUGCUGCUGCAGGCUGGCAAAUGCAAACUCAAGGCUAGAGGAGAUCUGUAUAUUCAGAAUAAAGCUGAGUGGACACUGGAAACAGAAACAGAAUGUCAGCUUCUGCAGGAUCUCAGUAUUCCAACUCAGUCACGGCUCACAGGAUCUUUUCAGAAAGACAGUUGCCGAGCAGAAAUUGUCUGUGUCCUUGAAACAGAAGGCAAGACUGCCCGUCUUGAAGGGAGAGCGGAGUGCAAGCCAAAGAUCACGCUGGAAAUGCAAUUCAGGCAUGAGCUCCCUCAACUGAAGGACAUCCCAAGGGAAAACGAGCUGUCCAUCACUGCACAAAACCAGUUAAAAUAUCAUAUCAGAAUAGGAAUGAAAUCAGGUGCUUGUGAGCUUCAAAUGAACGGGGACUUUGACCCUGAAAAGAAGCUUCAGUGGAAAAUGUUUAUAGAAAACAAAUGCCAAACCAUUCAGGAUCUUGGAGCACCAGUAAAAAUUGCUGGUUCAGGCUAUGUUUUGAUGGGUAAAACGAACCUGGAUUCCCAGACAUUGAUCACUGUUGAUGAAAGUAAAUUACAAGGACUCCUUCUACUAAAAGUCACUGAUGAAAGACAAGAGCUGGAUGCGGUGCUAACCCAUAAUAUUCAAGGAGCUGCUGACAUUGGCAUUCCCAUGAGGUUGUUAGUUGAUGUUGUAUCAGAAAAAAACAGUGACUUCUAUAAGAGACUUAUUCACUUCUGUGUGAACAGCAAGCAAAUUACAGAAGAACUGAGCUUUGUCCACAAGUUGGAUGUUGUGUCUCUUAACUACAAACUUACUCAUAACGUAGAGGCACUGAAGACUUUGCAAAUAGAAGACAGGAUUGAGUUGCAGGCCAUCUUGAACCUGAAAGUGAUCAAGAGCUUUAGUAUGAAAGUGCAUUAUGGUGCUCACCUAACAGUUCUUGAAGGACAAAUCCAGGAGUUUGAAACAAGCACCAACAUAACUGGGAAUUUCCAUCACACUUGGCCGUGGCUGCUACAAGCCAGAGUCCCAUCAUCUUUACAGAUUAAUGUGGUUUUUCAAGGGAGAAACACUACUCAAGAAAGAUACAUGCACAUUGCAGCUGGAGAAACAUCAAUCACGUAUGUAAUCAACUCCUAUGAUGUUGGUCACCAAGUGGAUAUCUUUUGCCAAAGUGUCCACAGCAGCGAGGCACUGCAGGCGUCUGGCUACCCCAAGGCGAUCACCUUGCUUCUCCAUUUACAGAAAUCAGAAAACAAAGCCAAGACUACCUGUGAAAUCCAAUAUGAUGACAAAGAUAUAACUGUGACUAUGGAUGUUGACACAGACUUUCAACUCAACGGUAUAUUUGAAUUUGUGGCAGAGGUGAAGCACUCAAUAUCACUGCUCCAUCAUCUGGGACUUCCCUUCUUUCUUAAGAUGACAGUUCAAGAAGUGCUGACUGAAAGUGAACUUGAAGGAGCUCUGGGGCUGACCUGGGAACGGAACAUGAACUUCUCCUUUGCCAUCAGCAGGAAAAAAGAUCAUCAGGGUGAAGAGCUGAAUAUAAAAGCACUCCAGACUCAUCCCUUCCUACAGCACUUCCCCAGUGCAGCAGAACUCUCUUCUAAGGUAAAUUAUGAUAUGAGUGAAGCAAAAGGCAAACUCUUCCUCAGGAUGGAAAAGAGGGAUUUCAACGUGACAGCCAAGCUAACUCUCACUGGAACCAGCUACACUAAUGUCAUUGAAGUAAUCCAGACGAUGUCCCAGUUAAAAAUUGUUCCAAGGCAGCUUGUGUUCCUGACGGUUUACCAGAGAGGCAACAGAACACGUUUGCUGAGGCACAUCGCUCUGUGGGACGGCAAAGAGCUGAAGGUCACAGGCACUUACACUGGGCUCUUCCCAAGGCUGCUCGGAGCUCACGACGUUCAGGUGGAACUUUUCCACCCUCUCUCCAUCGCUUUCCCGUGGCAUUCCAGGGUCAACUUACACGUGAAACAUUCGGCACGCAGUCACCGGGAUGAUCUGACUGUCAUCUGGAAUGAGAAGGAGCAGAUAUCAGUGUCAUCUUCUCUGAAGUUUGGAAGAGAGGUUACAAGGUUCAGAGCCACUGUUACCCACCCCUUUAACUACACCCUGAAGCAACUGGAGGUCCGUGCCCUGUCAGAACAGAGAGGCAGGAAGUACAACCAGCAGCUGCAGCUGGCAGGGAAUGGCGGGCAGCCUGCGGACAUCCGACUGACCCUGCAGGACAAGUCCAAGAGGGACGUCACCGCCUGGGCUGGCUGUGUGACGCUCGCUUCGGGUCAGCUCCAGAGAGUGUUGAGUGUAGAACACGUGCACGCAUGUGGGUCUCUAGAGCAAAGAUCAGCAUUGUUUAACGAAUAUCUAGAUCUGAAGUGGGAUGACAAAAAAUUCAAACACAAUCUAACAUAUGAGAGAAAUCACUUCUUGUAUCCUGAUAAAUUUCAGUUAGAAGCUGUUCUGGAAAAUAUUUUCCUGACCUCAUGCACCAAACAGAAGAUUCUGGGUAAAACAGAAACAAACUACUCAUCUUUCCUGGACUACUACGUGAGCUUGGAGUUCUGUGACCUUCCAAAUGUAAUUGUUUUUUCUGGAAAACACCAGCUCAACAAAGAUGACAUCAUUUUGCGAUCGGAGGGCAGAUUCCACCUUGCUGGCCAUGGGAGAGAUGAGGGGUUGAUUGGAGUAUCCUUAAAAAAUCAGAGUACAGCUGCUGUGAAGAACUAUUCUUUGGAAAUUGAAUUCCGAGCCUUUGAAGAUGUUUGGCUGGGCCUGACAGGAACUGCUGCUUCCUCAUCCGUUCAGAGCCAGAUCCUGGUGGAGGGGAUUAUGGAUCAAAAAGAGAAAGUAAAAGUAGCUGCUUCGAAAGGAAAGGAGUGUUUUCAGUGCUACGUGGGGUAUUUGAAAGGGGAUUUGGAAGAAGGAAUGGAAUUCAGUGCUUGUACGGAUGGGCAACAGAUGGCAACCAUCAAUACCUACCUCAGCAUCAAUGGUGAAAGGCAAGAAAACAUGGGACAAAUGACUCUCGCAGCUGUUAAUGGAAGCCUGAGUUUUCUGGCCCACGGAUGUGGGGAUCCAGUUCUUAAGACUGAGCACAAACUUAAUGAAAUUGGGAGCCUUCUGAAAACCAAACUGCUGGAGAAGAUGAAGAAGUUUGACGGAUAUAUGUGGAGAUUGAAGAGAUCAGUGCAGCAAGUUGAUUUUCUGGCUGAAGCAGCUGGCUGGCCUUCGACAGCCUUGCACAAGGCUGCAGGAUUCCUCCACAGCGUGGCCAGAGCUGUCGCCCAGGUGUGGAAGCAAAGCGGAACCAGGCAGAUCUUGAGAAGCAAGCUCCCGCUUUACCUCCGUAAAGUUCAGGACACUGUCCAGCAAAUGCAGAAUGAAUUGCAAAAGCCGUUAACAACCUUGAAGGACGCCUACUACGAUGUAACCUCAAAGCCACUGGAUGAAGUUUGGCAAGAGAAGACAGAAGAGUACAUGAGGAAAAUCCAGGCUUUUUUACCCGCGGUUGUGAAAGAUGUGUGGCUGAUGGAGCCAAUGCGGAUGGCAUUAAAGGGUGUCAAAGCAGGCUUGGAUAUGGUGACACAGCAGAUGCUCAGGUGGGCAGAGGUCAUGGUUUCUAGAGCCGUGAGCAAGAUCCGGAAGCCCUUACUCAAUCUUUACAGUUUUUCAGCCAGGAACUGUUCAGUGGCAGUCAAACUGCCAGUGCUUCCUAAAGCAGACCGCUCCCUGGAUCUGGCAAAUGUCACUAAUUAUCUCAUUGAAGAAAAGCUAAUGAGGCCUUUCCAAGACCUCUACAACAUCAAUGUAGUUGCAGAGUAUUACAGAUUCAAACGGCGGAUGAUGGAGAGUCCCUUUGAAUAUCAUGCUAUGUUAAUGGGGACCAAGCAUCUUAUGACUUUUGAUGGAAGAAUUUAUGAUUUGGCAUCAAAGUGCAGCAUACUUCUUGCCAAGGAUUUUGUUCACAAUACUUUCACUGUAAUACUAAAUGAGGAAGCUAAUAACUCAAGAUCACUGUAUGUGGAGAUGAACCAGACUGUGAUCGAAAUCUACCCAAGACUGAAGAUAGCCAAGAUGUAUAACUUCUCCUUCAUGGACGAGAACUGCCAAGUACUGGAUCAAUCCCUUGAAAAGAACAGCACUAAUUCAAGGAGCGAAGCCAACACAAUAGAAGUGUCUAAUCAGGAAGGAGUUUCUGUCUCCUGUGACUUUCGAUUUGAUCUCUGUACGGUCACUCUGGCUGGCUGGCACCAUGGUAUUUCAGCUGGGCUUUUUGGUACCAAUGACAAUGAAGCUGGAAAUGAGUGGACCCUUCCCAAUGGCUCCCUCACGGACGACGUGCAGGAGUUCACGCAGAGCUGGCAGGUGAACAAGUGCAGUCCUGUACAGAAGAAAGUGAAGCCGUGUCCAAUUACAGCCAAGCAAAACAUCUGCAAAGUGUUUUUUGAAGAGCCACACUCACUUCUUAGAAACUGCUUCAGAGUUGUGGACCCCCAGCCCUUCCACGCCAUGUGCGGCUCGGACACCUGCGGGGCGCAGGAGCUGCGGGCCGCCUGCCGCGCGGCUGCCGCCUUUGUGCAUCUGUGCCACCGCAAUUUCGUCCCUGUGGAGAUGCCUCCUCAGUGCUUGAGCCAGUUCUGAAUGGCAGGUACUGGCCAUGAAGAUGGAAGAACCCCUUCAGCACUCAAACAGCUGUGUUAGAUGGACAAGCUAGAAGCAAUAGUAGAGAGAACAGUAAACAUGUGAACUAAUUAGCAUUAGGACUAUGAAUAUAAUGAAGCAUAUUUAGUAAAAAAAAGCUUUUCUCCUGAGAGUAAGAGGAAUGAUUUCAGUACAGUGACAAGAAACUAUAACCAACCAGAAGAAACUGGACAUAAGAGUAUCAGUUACUUCAAAAAAUACAUAUAUCAUCUGCCAUUCAAUGGCAAAGUUGCCUCUUCACAAGCCCUGAACUGUAGCACACAUACAUUUAAGAGAUGACAAGCUCUGUUCCAGCUAAGGUCAGUACAAGUGGGCUGCUUUGUCAAAGCAGCGUUAUCAGCUUGGAACCUGCGCAGAUACCAACUUCUUUUUUCUCCAGAACUGAAACUCAGCUGUUCAGUAAAUUCUGGAGAAAGUGACCUUUUUCCAGGGAAGGGCCCCAACACGCAAGAAGCCUAAGAUAGUAGAAAUAAGAUGGUUAAAUAACUGGAAGCGUUUAAUAAUUUUAUCUUUUUAUGCUGGUUCAUUAUUCCCUUACAUUUAUUCCCUUACAUUGUUAAAUGAGAAAGCCUUCUCUGUUUACAGGUUUCAGAUUCUCCCUUUGCGUCUCUAGAACCCUCUUCUCAGAAAUCGGUUUACAUGUUGGGAAAAGGUGACGGAUACCCAUCCUAUCCACAAAGUCGUCUUAAGGUUGUGUGGAAGUGCCUCAUCUCUUAAAUUAGUUUCUAUAUUGUAGGUCUGUUGAUUAAAACAAUGCAAUAUGUUUCUCCACACAGUUACCAGGAAUGGAAUUACUCCUCAGUAAAAGGUAACACUGCAAAAUGUUUUAUGUGUCUUUGCAUAAUAUGCAAACAUGGAAAUAAUGGUGUUCUGAACUAUGGAAUAAUCUUAAUAAACAUUUUACUUCCUUUUUUUAUGCUG